ACCGGCACCGCGCUGCAACCACAGACCGCACGACGCGCAGGCACGAAAGCACGAGCAUGGCCGCCACCAUGAAGCUGUCGCUCACCUUCGUCCUCCUCAUCUCCGCGCUCGUGGUGUUCGGGGACGCCCAGGCGACCUGCGACACCGUCCGGUGCAUCCAGGGAGGGUACAUCACCUGCAAGAACUACCCCGGCGAGAAGCUCGACGGGUGCGCCUGCGUGUGCGCUCCGAAGGACGGCAGGGGCUGCGUGCUCCACCUCAACAGCGGCUCCACCAACAGGUGCACCAGGCACUGAAUCGGAUCACGCGCGUUCGACACCUUCACCUCCGCUCACCUGUUUCGUACAUGGAAUAAUAAGUAACGAAUGAAAUGUAAGCUUCUGUCGUGGAAUGAAUGCAAUGGAAUGGAAUCCGUUGAUCAA